AGGGCGGAGGAUGAGAGAGAGAGAGAGGGACAGAGAGAGAGAGGGAGGAGGAGGUGGGGGGAGCGCCUGAAUCCAUCUCUCUCCUCCCUGUGACGUCGCUCGGUCUGGUCCCGGGGUGCGCUGCUCCUCCAGUCCCGUCUCAGCACAAACCACUUCAGUCCUGCUGCCGCCUCCGUGCACACAAACCUGCGGUGCGACGCGCGCGUUACGGUGCGUUACGGGCACCCGGUGUCCUUCUUCUUCCUCGUCUUCAUUCUUCUUCUUCUACUCCACAUUCCUGUCUUGUCCCACAUUAUCAGUUUCCACACUCCUGCCUGAAGAAAGAGAGAGAGACAGACAGAGGAGAGAACCUGAGGCGGUGAAUAAAAAGAAGGAGAGGGGAGGAAAGGAGGAGAGAGAGAGAGAGAGAGGGGGAAAAAGAAAGAGAGAAGUCGCCGUCUUUCCUUCCCGGAGCUGAAUCCUCCACCGAGAAGAUGCUGAGAAUAUCCGGCGUGUUGGCUGUAGUGGCUCUGGGGCUGAGCGCCGCGCACAUCAAAGUGAAUAAACACAAGCCGUGGAUUGAGACAUCGUACCAUGGGGUGAUCACUGAAAACACCGACGUGGUCCUGCUGGAUCCUCCUCUGGUGGCCCUGGACAAAGACGCCCCCAUCCCCUACGCAGGGGAGAUCUGUGCAUUCAACAUCCAUGGGCUGGAGGCUCCGUUCGAGGCAGUGGUGCUGAACGGUACGUCUGGUGAGGGCCAGCUGAGGGCCCGGGGCCUGGUGGACUGCGAGCUGCAGAAGGAAUACACCUUCAUCAUCCAGGCUCACGACUGCGGUUCAGGUCCCGGGGGCACGGAGGGCAAAAAGUCUCACAAGGCGGUGGUGCACAUCCAGGUCAACGAUGUGAACGAGUUUGCGCCUGUGUUUCGGGAGCCCCAGUACCGAGCUGCAGUGACGGAGGGCAAGAUUUAUGACAGCAUCCUCCAGGUGGAGGCCACUGACCAAGACUGCUCCCCACAGUACAGCCAGAUCUGUAACUACCAGAUCACCACCACCAGAACACCCUUCGCUAUAGAUCGCAAUGGAAACAUCCGGAACACGGAGAAGCUGAGCUACGACCGGCAGCAGCAGUAUGAGAUCCAGGUGACGGCGUGGGACUGCGGCCAGAAGAGGGCGCUGCACAGCGUCCCGGUCCGCAUCGACGUCAAGCCCGUCUGCAAGCCUGGCUGGCAGGAUUGGAACAAGCGAGUGGACUACGAGCCAGGAACAGGAAGCAAGCAGCUGUUUCCUAAGAUGCACCUGGAGACGUGUGGCGGGCCGCUGUCGUCGGUGAGGACCACGGUGGAGCUGCAGACCAGCCACAUCGGGAAAGGCUGCGACCGGGAGACCUACUCUGAGAAAUCCCUGCAGAAACUCUGCGGGGCCUCCUCAGGCAGCACUGACCUUCUGCCCGCCCCCAGCACGGCCACCAAUUGGACGGCUUCCCUGGUGACUGACAGCGGCAGGGACAGCGACUUGAUCUUCAGGUUUGAUGGUCAUCAGGCGGCCAAAAUCCCAGACUGGGUGGUACCCCAGAAUCUGACGGACCAGUUCACCAUUGCAACCUGGAUGAAGCACGGACCCAGUCCUGGACUCAGAGCUGAGAAGGAGACUCUGCUCUGUAACUCUGACAAGACUGAGAUGAACCGCCAUCACUACUCGCUGUAUGUCCAUAAUUGCCGCCUGGUGUUCCUGCUGAGGAGAGACUUCACCCAGGUGGACACCUUCAGACCGGCCGAGUUCCACUGGAAACUGGAGCAGAUCUGUGACAAGGAGUGGCAUUACUACGUCAUCAACGUGGAGUUUCCAGUGGUGACGCUUUAUGUGGACGGAGUGACCUACGACCCCUACCUGGUGACUGACGACUGGCCCAUCCACCCCUCACAGAUUGACGUGCAGCUCACAGUCGGAGCCUGCUGGCAAGGUGGGGAGGUGACCAAGCCGCGGUUCACUCAGUACUUCCGGGGAAGCCUAUCUGGACUUACCAUCCGACCGGGGAAGAUAGAGAGCCAGAAAGUAAUUUCCUGUCUGCAGGCCUGCAAAGAGGGACUGGACAUCAACUCCCUCGAGAGUCUGGAUAAGAGCAUAAAGUUCCACUUUAACCCAGCCCAGUCUAUCUUGGUAAUGGAGGGAGAGGACCUGGAAAACAUGAACGCUGCUGUGAGGAAAGUUUCCUACAUAAACUCUCGUCAGUUUCCCACACCAGGCAUCCGACGUCUGCACAUCUCCACCACCGUCCAGUGUUUUGGUGAAGACACCUGUAUCACCAUCCCUGACAUCGAUGCGGUGGUGAUGGUGCUGCAGCCCAGUGAGCCCAGGAUCACCAUCACCGGGGUGGAGAGGCUGACUCGGCCGGCCUCCGACCUGACACCGGGAGGCAUCGCUCUGUUCCUGGACCUCCACAUCAUCAGCACCGUCACCAGGGCAGACGCCACCACACACCACACAGCUCGUCGAGCCGGGGUGCUGGAGGAGAUUAUUCAUAACUUGGACUACUGUGAUGUCCUGGUGCUGGGGGAGGAGCUGAGGCCGGAGCAGGAGUCCCUCCAGCUGCAGCGCAGCGCUCUGCUCGGAAAACACCUCGACGCCACCAACUCCACCUCUGGCAUGUCCAUAUAUGGUGUGGACUCCAUGUCUAACUAUGAGCAGGUGAUCCGACAGGUGCGUUACUACAACUGGCGGCCCGGACAGCUGACAGAGAGAAGGUUUCGCCUCACCUGCUCCGAGCUCAACGGACGCUACACAAGCAACGAGUUCAACCUGGAGGUGAGCGUUCUGCACAGCUCAGAGGCCGGGGAACCUGUCAAUCACAUGGUAGCCCCGCCCCAGUACAUGCAGGUGGUGCACCAUCCGUCCAUGAUCCAUGAGCUGUACCCCAGCCACAGCUCAGCCAUGCCGAGCGCUGCCACCGUGGUGAUCGUGAUGUGUAUCGCUGCUCUGGUGGUGGUGGUGGUCCUGGGCAUCUACCGCAUCCACCUGACCCACCAGCAGGAGGUCAAGCUGGCAGAGACCGCCAAAGAGGCAGACGGGACCUGGGACGACUCGGCUCUGACCAUCACGGUCAACCCCAUGGAGAACGUGCAGGGGCCCCAGGCUGCAGAGGAGGAGGCCAGCGAGGAGGAGGAGGAGGAGGAGGAAGAAGAGGAGGAGGAGGAGGAAGAUGAAGAGGAGGAGGAUGACAUCACCAGUGCUGAGUCAGACGACAGCGAGGAGGAAUUGGACGUCCAGCUACCCAGGAUGCAACGCCCAAGCAAGAAGGGCCAGAAGUGGGACAAAACAACGAUAUCUUAUUGAAACACACAUUCACAGUCACUCACACACACACACACACAUUCUGCAACACCUCCAAUCAGAUGGUUGAAACAAAAAGACUCUAUGUGAUGCUGAUGCUCUAAAAAAAUGAGGUAAUAUCUCCCCCUAAUGGAAGAUUCCACUGAGUGCAAUGAUUUAUCAGAAAACCUCCCGUUUUAUACAGAUGAUAAGAAAUAAUAUGACACUAAAACUGCUUGUCAAUCAAAUGACUUUCAUCCGUCUUAAAGGGACAGCUCGCCAAAUUUCGGCCCCUGAGAGCUGUUGUCUCUCUCCCAUUACAGUCCACAGCUACACACCUACAGUCUCUAAUGAAAUAAAGUUGUCUGAAUCUCAGUUUGUCGACCCUGCACCGCCAUACAUCCAGUUUAAUGUGUCACGUGUUCCACAGUGAGAUUUCUGAUGUCCCAUGAAAAAUGCAAAACAGUCUUUAAGAAAACUGAGUUGCAAAAGUAAAGAAAACUGACUAUUUUUGGUUUGUAUACUUUAUGUUAUUUAUCAGUCUUUAUUCUAGCCUAAGUGGCAAAGCCAGGUGAUUUUACAGAAAUAGCAUAUUUUCAAUGGUAUAAAAACAAACAAAAAAAGAUGAUCUGUGUGUCGUCAUGGUGAUUAGCUGAGGGGGUUUGGGGUUUUUGGGAAAGACAGACAGAGGAGUCUCCUUGUACAUUUUUAUACGCUCCUUUCUUGUAAAUACUGAGUAUAGUAGGUGAAA